GUGAGUGAAGCUUUUGUCGUGUCGAUAUCAGAAGACCAUUUAUAAAGUUAGAAGUGUUACACAGUCCCGAGAAACAAUGAAGAAUCGUGAAACGGAGUAGCUUAUAUUAAUCUAGUUUAAAUUAUAUUUAAACCCGGUCGAUCUUGUAACGAUUUCUGAAUUCACUUUUUAAGCUGUUUAAGUCAUCCACGGAGAGGUAUGGAUAACCGUUUUAAAAUGUUUGAAUUACGAGCUACAUGGACAUUAAUUUUCAUAAUAUUUGUGGCCCAGGCGUUCGCCCAAGAGAAAAGAUGUGACGUGCCGGCAGACGUAGUGUUCCUGAUGGACGCGUCAGAUAGCAUCAAAGACACGGAGUGGGAGCAGGAGAAGAACUUCGUCAGCGUCUUGAUAGACAACCUGCACGUCGAGCGGUACGCCAUCCAUGUCGGUGUUAUUGUCUACAGCACGGAUAUUGGCAUGGUGAUUGACCUUCAACCUUUCAAAACAAAAGCUCAGCUGAAGGGUCUUCUACAACAAGCAGAGCAAAUCAACCAAGGUACCGACACAGCAAAAGCCAUCUCCAAGCUGAUAGAAAUGUCAGACAGCCAGGGUAGGAUUGAAGGCGACGCCAAACAAAUCGCUGUCAUCAUCACAGACGGCAGAUCUACUGAUGUUUCGGCCACUAUAAGAGAAGCGAUACGGGCGAGGACGCAGUACAACAUCGAGAUGAUCGCCCUGGGUGUGGGGAAUGAAACCUUCCAGGAAGAGCUGGAGGCUAUCGCUGGUAUAGACAACAGGAACCGGUUGUUCAGGGUCCAGAACUUUGGUCAGCUGCACAAUGUGGUCACACAGCUAGAGGACCUCAUCUGUGAAAUUAUCCCGACAACGACCACCAGCGAGCCCACAACGCCAACAACCACCACAACCCUAGAACCGACAACCAGUCCCUACAUACCACCGUUCCCUUGUUCCAAGCCUGCUGACGUCAUAUUCCUGAUCGAUGGGUCCUACAGCAUUACCGCCCCUGACUGGAUCAAAGGGAAGCAAUUCGUGUCCUAUCUCAUCAACAGCAUCGACAUUGGGGCAGACUCCAUCCACGUGGGCAUCGUGGUCUACGGCUCCGACAUCGGUGACGUAGUUCCGCUCACGCCGUUCAGAAGCAAGGCAGACCUUAAGAGGGCGGCGUCAGACCUGAUCCAGCCCCCCGUGGGGCGGACCAACACCGCCCUGGGGCUGAAGACCGUCAGAGAGAUGCUGGCCACACAGGCCCGGCCCCGGGUCCCACACAUCAUCAUCGUCAUCACGGACGGCAUGAGUUCAAAUCCUUCUGAGACGAGGGACCAGGCAACGAUGGCGAAAUUAGGGGGUAUAACAAUAUUUGUGGUGGGGGUGGGGAACCGCGUCUUGAGACAGGAAGUCGAGGACAUGGCCACAUCCCCCCAGACUUUGUUUGACGCCCCAGACUUCAAGUACCUGGUGGGGAUGGUAGAGCUGCUCAGGGACAACAUUUGUUCAGCUAUCCUGGAUAACACGACGCUGACCACAUCAGCCACACCAGACACAACCACACCUGGGAUAACCACACGAUCUCCCGUACCAGCCCUGUGUCAGCAGUGUCUAGUGGAGGGUGGGGUGGGGUUCAACCCUCUCCCCACCGACUGCGAGAAGUACGUGCUGUGUCUGCCAACGACCUUCACCUACGAGCCCCAGAUCAAGUCCUGCCCGUUUGGUCUGUUCUGGAGCAACGAGGCGGUCUCGUGUCUUGAUGCGCGCUAUGUCAACUGUUCCUAUGACAGGUGCGCCUCAGAUUCGAACCUCCAAUCCUACCCAUCGUCCUCCGAACUGGCUACCUGUCGCUCCUACUUCACCUGCACCAACGGCAAGUCGAACCCCCAGUGCUGUGAGAAGGGGUACAAGUACGUGGAGGGGACAGGGUGUGUCGGUGACCCGGCGUGUCAGGAGAAGUGUCCGCUGGAGGUCACCAUCUUCAAUCUAGGUGCCUGCAGGUACAGACCUGACCGCGACAGUUACUACAGCUACCUGGAGGUCAUCCCGGGUCAAGGUCACGUCAAGAGGUUCUGCUCACCAGGCCAGAUGUACAGCACCAGGUUGUGUGCGUGCACGUUUGAUGCUGGGCAGGUGGUGCCCACUCUAGCCUGUACGCCGAACGUCAAACUAAACUUCGACACCAACUUUGAAGACACCUCAGGCAACCAUCAACAUGUCGACAUCCACAACGUGUCCCUGACUACUUCCGGCACCGCCCACUUCAGCGGGGACAGUCACCUGACCAUGCCAGCAACAGCCAAUCAAAACCUCAGGGACCAGCUGGUCAUUCACGUCAGGUUCAGAGUCAAGAGGAACACGACAAAUGACCAGGUUUUAACCAACAAUGAUUGGGGAUUUCAACAUUGGCUCAAAAACACAAGCAACGGACAAAAUAUUGUGACCGGCCAAAAAGAAGUGAUCAUAAAGGAUACAGUAAAUAGGCCAGGUGCUGCCCUGAAGCCGCUGGAAAUUUUAACGUUCCUCAAAAACGGCACAAUCGUUCGCGACCCACGCUAUGACGUCAACAUGACGUGGACCAGCCCGGGCCAACAACACAACAACGUUGUUCACAUCGGGAAGAUCGGUAAAGCUGCCACCCCUACAAUACAAAAUGGAAUCGUCUACAUCCCGAAUGGCAAAGACAAGAUAUUAAUCAACGAAGGGGUGGACGACAACAAUAAUUUAAAAUGGCGGAUUGUUUCUGUGCAUCCUGACGGGAAAACUGGGAAAAUUGUUGAAGUUGGCCGCGGGGAUGUCCCACAAGAUAUACAGCAAAAACAUGGGUUUGAUCUUUUACCACCUACGCUAGAGAGGUGGUUUAUUUUGGCUCCUGGUGGGAUUGUGCUACAGAAAGGUGAAGGACCCAUCCCUGAUGACGUCAUGAACCGUUAUGCCGGCUUCACACCUGGGACGUUGGUGAAAGUGUACGAGAGGGGGGAUACGGUAGACAGAUGGCAAAUCUCCAAGCCCGAUGGCUCAGAGUUACAAGAAGGGCCGGGGCAGAUCCCCCAGGCUUUGUUGGACGAGUUUCUGCUGGGUCCGGCCUUGACCCCUGGCCAGGUCACAUCCACCUGGUCAGUGCUGGCACCAAACGGUCACGUGUUGGAGAGCGGACAAGGGAGAACACCGAUGCUGACCCUACAGAAAUACUCCGCCAACCCAGCCAAUCUCUUGCUAAGGUCAACCAGCCGUGACGGGGGCUCCCCCCACUGGGAGGUGACCAGGGUCAACGGUCAGAAGGUUCUGGAAGGACGGGGGGCUCUACCUGACGGCGUCACGCAGUUCGCUAAAGGCGAGAUCCCGCUACCUCAGACCUCACACGUCAACGGCUGGAAGGUCAAGCUGCCCAGUGGAGAGGUCAAGUCUGGAACCGGUCCAAUACCCCAGGAGAUCCUUGACCUCUUCCAGGAAGUCUAUUCGCCAGCUGCCAAGAUCGCGACUGGCGGAAGUGACGUCAUCAACCGAUGGAAGGUCACCUUACCGGACGGGUCAGUCCGAAGUGGCGUGGGGGAGAUGCCGGCAGACGUGAGUGCCGCCAUCAGGAGCCAGGGUGCCGGCACCGGCACCGUCUGGAGUGCCACUCUGCCGGACGGGACCGUGAGGACCGGCACAGGGGCCGUGCCGUCUGACCUGAUGACCUCAGCGCAGGGUCAAGGACAAGGACAGAAAUCUAAAAAUAGCUCAACAUUAGGGAAAAAAUGGACGCUGACGAUGCCAGAUGGUACCGUGCGAACAGGCACUGGAGAUGUUCCGGCUGACCUUCAGAUGACCUUGCAGCAGAACGGAAGUAACCAACAGUGGGAGAUAACUCUCCCUGACGGUAGUGUCAAAAGAGGGACAGGUCAAAUACCGGGUCAUCUUAAGAAAUAUUUAGGCGGCACCAGGAGCAGACGAGCCGCCAGGGUCAGCUCUAAACAAAGCAUGGACAUCCUGUCCAACUGUGGCGCCAAUUCUGCGUCCCCGCCCUCUGUCCAUCUAUCCACUUCCGGUGAUGACGUCACCAUGACCCUGAAGACAGAUCUGUCGUCUGCUGGCUCGUCCGUUACCUUACCGGUGCAUGACGGGAUGAAUGACGUCAGAUUGACGUAUGACGGCACGCACCUAACAGGUGUGGUCAACGGCUAUGCCAGGAAGGUGCCAUUAAAAGGCAAUCUUGUCAACAACUUUUCCCCCAUUGUGAUUGGUCAAUGUCCAGGAAGAAAUGAAAAUAGUUUUAUUGGUGAAAUUGAUUUGGUUGAGAUCUACAGCUGCCUUCCUUGAUAAUUUUGUCAGAAUAAUUUAACUGUAUAAAAAAAUUCACAUCUGUAACUGUAACAGCUACCACAGAACAGAGAAAUCCUGAAGUUUAUAACCCCACACAAUUAAAAACAACACUAGAAAAUGUUGUAUUUUUUUAAGAUUGCCAAACCUAAUUCACAUAAAUUAAAGAUCUUUAACAAUAAAACACUGGGAUU